UUCCUUCCUAGUUACUGAAGUGUUUGUAGCAAUGAGUGAGAAGAGAGGAGAAGAGCGACACCGAGAGACUCCGAGAACAUGGCACACCUGAGACCAGACACCAGGGAGACUCUGCAGGACUGGAGCGAGGUGCAGCAAGAGAAGCUCGGGCUGAGAGUCGGACUGGUGAAACUUGAGGAGGGGGAGGAGCCUCUUACAACCCUAAAGAGGCCAACAUUCAAUGUGUGGAAUGUGCAGCAAGAGGAGAUGCUGUCUCUCCUGGAAUUCAUGUUCGCUGAUCUGCAUCUGCCGAUGUCUUUGAAGAUGGAGGACGAGACGCUUCGAAAUUUCUUGAAAAACGUCCAAAGUCAUUACCGGGCAAAUCCGUUCCACAACUUCCGCCACGCCUUCUGCGUCACACAGAUGAUGUACAGCAUAAUACACCUGUGCCGCCUUCAGGAAGGUGUAUCCCCGGAGGACAUCGCUGUCCUGAUGGUGGGCGCUCUCUGCCAUGACCUGGACCACCCCGGCCUCAACAAUGCAUAUCAGGUGAACGCUCAAACAGAACUCGCCGUACGCUACCGGAACAAAUCUCCGCUCGAGAAUCAUCACUGCGCCAUCGCCCUGCAGAUACUCAGCCAAUCACAGAGCAACAUCUUCUGUAAUGUAGAACCCGAUAAAGCCAAACACAUCCUGGAGGGAAUUGCGGAAUUAAUUUUGGCCACAGAUAUGGCUCAUCACGGAAGCGUCCUACAGGCAUUACAGGAGAUCCAGAACUUCAGCUUUUCCAACGCCGAUCACAUGACUGUGCUGAAGAAAGGCCUCAUGAAAUUCUCGGACAUCUCCAAUGAAGCGCGUCCGGCGGAACAAGCCGAGAUCUGGGCCGACGUAUUACUGGAGGAAUAUUUCCUGCAGAGUGACCGGGAGAAGGCGGAGGGACUUCCGGUGACACCGUACAUGGACCGCGACACCGUCACCAAAGCCCAAUCUCAGGAAUCCUUCAUCCAGUUCAUGCUGCUUCCUCUAUGCCAGGCCCUGUGUAAGAUCUUUCCCCAGCUGGACUCCUGGGCGCUGCAGCCGCUGAUGGACGCCAAACUGCGAUACGAGAGACAGGUGGAGAUCCUCCAAAGUCACAAGGAAUGUCUGGAGCCAAUGUGAAGCGUGAGGUCAGAUCCAGAUAAUGAGAUCACCGACUGAAUCCUCCAUCCAACCAGCACAGGAGCCCAGGACCAGAGCCCCGCCCACGUCUCCCGAUGUCAGUGGAGAAGGGAAGAUGGGUGACGGCACCGGAAAAUAUAGGAGAUCAAUUGAGGAACAAAUUCCAAUCACAUUCUCCGAAAUAAAAAUCAUACAAAAUGA